AUGUGGUUGGUACCAAGAAAUUAACCUCAAUUUUGACAGAAAACGUUUGGUUUCGUUUAUGUAAAUGAUUUUGUUAUUGUAAACACACAAUGUCUCACUUAUCCAGAAGGGAAGUCGACGAGUUAAAACCGUCAAUAGAAAAGGCAGUUUACAAGGUGAUAGGAAGCAGCAAUUCCUCUUUGGCAAGUACUGCAUUACAUUGCUUAAACUCGGGAUAUGAUAAACGAAAGACUUGCGAUAAACUUAGUUCCUAUGUAGAGAGCAAAAAGGCUUCCAAACUAGCAGAGAAAAUUUUCGAUGUGGUCGAGGAUUAUAAGGAUCUACAUCGUUCUAAAAAAAGGCAUCAUGAGGAACCUCGGGAGAGAGAGUCGAAACGAGCUAAACCCUCUAGGUUUGAUGAUAAUAACUCUCGUAGUAGACCUUCUGAUCCUAAAAGACUCGAGGAAGAGAAAAAGAUGUUUGAAGCCCCACACAAAAAGAAUGUUAACAUUUCAAAUAUAAAUAUACCUACACCGAGUAUAUAUGGGAUUCCAGCUGGUUUACUUAAUAGGGGUGAUGCAGAUAAAGCGCGGAAAAUUGCUCAACUACAGGCUCAAAUUAAAAGUAAAUUAUCCUCUGGAAUACUAGCAAAUGUCAUCCAAAUCCCUGCUCUACCAGAUAAACCUACUCCACUUAUAUUGGAUGAAGACGGUAGAACUGUCGACAAAACGGGGAAGGCCGUGCAACUCACACAUGUAGUGCCAACAUUAAAAGCCAACAUAAGGGCGUUAAAAAAAGAGCACCACAAACCCCUUCCGGGGGAGAAAGCUACUGAGGACGACAGAGAAACUCGCUUUAUUGAUAACCGAAUCGGAGUUAAACCUGCAUCAAGAAACAAGCGAUUCUUCAGGUUCCACGAGCCUGGUAAGUUUCAACAGCUUGCAGAACGUCUUCGGAUGAGGGCUCAACUGGAAAAACUUCAAAAUGAGAUUUCUCAGAUUGCUAAAAAAACUGGUAUUUCUUCUGCCACUAAGUUGGCCUUGAUUGCUAAGUCUGAGGGGCAUAGCGAUGAAAUUCCGCAAAUGGAAUGGUGGGACUCUGUUAUUUUGGUGGAUAAUUUAGAUACUAUGAAGGAUGAUCGGAUUCUUAUUAAAGAAUCUGCAAUUAAUACUUUGGUAGAGCAUCCAACACAAAUGAGGUGUCCAACCGACCCGAUAAAACCGGUGUACAUGCCCGUAUUUCUGACGAAAAAGGAGAGAAAAAAGCUGCGCAGGCAGAACCGCCGCGAGAUGUGGAAGGAGGAGCAGGAAAAAAUCCGGCUCGGGCUCGAACCGCCGCCCGAGCCGAAGCUGCGCAUCUCGAACCUGAUGCGCGCGCUGGGCACCGAAGCGGUGCAGGACCCCACCAAGAUCGAGGCGCACGUGCGCGAGCAGAUGGCCAAGCGGCAGAAGCUGCACGAGGAGGCGAACGCCGCCCGGCAGCUGACGGCCGACCAGAAGCGCGAGAAGAAGAUCAAGAAGAUCAAGGAGGACACGAGUCUGGGCGCGCACGUGUCGCUCUACAGGAUCAGGGACCUGCACGAUCUCGCUUCGAAGAAGUUCAAGGUCGAGACGAACGCGAAGCAGUUGUUUAUGACCGGAUGCGUGCUGAUGUACCCCGAUUGCUGCGUUGUGGUCGUCGAAGGGGGACCGAAGCAAUUGAAGAAAUACAAAAGGUUGAUGCUGAACAGGAUAAAAUGGGAAGAAGACAUAGUCAAAGACCCCGACGGGAUAGAAGUGCCGAACAAGUGCGUGCUGGUGUGGGAAGGGACGACCAAACAGAGAAACUUCGGCGAGAUGAAGUUCAAAGUGUGCCCGACCGAAAGGAUGGCCAGGGAGCAUUUUAAGAAGCACAAGGUGGAACAUUACUGGGACCUGGCCUACAGUGGGGCGGUCCUCGAACAGGCCAACGAUACCGUGGAGUGAACUGAUAAAUUUUUUAUUAAUAUAGAUAUAAUAAUGAUAUUUAAAAUAAUUUUACAUUAAAUAAGAACAAUGAAAUACGUUUUUAAGCAAGACCAAAUCCUAUCAAGAAUAGCAAGUAAGAAGUGUUGUAAGCAAGGUAAGUAUCUAUUCUUUAUUUUUG